AUGACUGAUCUUGGUCGACACGACAACUUCUCCUGGGACCGGCCAGCCUUUAUUCCUCCUCGUGUAAACAUCACCUCUUACAUGGGAGCAAAGACUAUCUUGGAAAACUCCAAGGACUUCCGUGUCACCUGGGGAGAGGCUACUGGUUUCCUCUUCGGCAAGGGAGGACUGGACUUCAUGCUUUCUGGAGACAGUACGUUCCAUGGUCAGCAGCGCAAGACCAUGGGCAAGGCGUUGUACCAUAGCGAAUGGAAGAAGGAUAUCAAGGAGUUUUACGAGGAUAUCACCAUCAGGCUUCUCAGGGAGAAGACUUGCAAGAUCGCGGGCAUCAAUCAGGUUGAUAUCACCAGAGACAUUUUCGGCCUGCCAUUGAAGACUGCAGAAAACCCCAAGGGUAUCUACACCGAACAUGAAAUGUUCAUGAUCAUGUGUUUGAUCUUUACCACUAUUUUCUUCGAUCUGGACCCUGCCAAAUCCUUCCCGCUCAGACAGGCCGCCAGAACUGUUGCUCAGCAACUUGGCCAGAUUAUGGAGGCCCGUGUCAAGGCCGUCAAGGGUGGCAUUCUCUCCCUGUUCAGCCGCAUGGGGGAGAACAAGAAUGCCCUGGCACAGUAUGGUGUCCAUAUGAUCCGCCGCCUCCUCGAUUCAGGGCUCAGUGUUGAGCAAGUUACCUGGUCUCAGGUUAUGCCAACUGCAGGAGCUAUGAUUCCAAACCAGGCUCAAGUGUUCACUCAAAUCAUUGACUACUAUCUCUCCGAGGAGGGCAAGGUCCACCUGCCAGAUAUCAAACGCUGGGCCAAGGAGAGGACCGACGAGGCCGAUGAGAAACUUCUCCACUACUGCAUGGAAGGUAUCCGCUUGAACGGUACCUUCGGAUCCUACCGCGAAUCUACUGCAGCUCUCGACAUCGAUGACGAUGGCCGCAAUGUGUCCGUCAAGCCUGGUGACAAGGUCUUCGUCAGCUUUGUCGGUGCUGCCCGUGAUCCCAACAUCUUCCCCUCGCCACAUGAAGUCCGCCUUGACCGUCCCUUGGAUUCAUACAUCCACUACGGUGAGGGCCCGCACGCCUGUCUAGGCAAGGAUGCAAACAUGAUCGCACUUACGUCUAUGCUGCGUGUCGUUGGUGGUCUAGACAACCUCCGCCGAGCUCCAGGGCCCCAGGGCGAGCUGAAGAAGAUCCCGCGCCCAGGUGGCUUCUAUAUCUACAUGCGCGAGGACCAGAGCGGCUAUUUUGUCUUCCCAAUGAGUAAGUUACCAAACUGUCCAGGUUCUAUGAUUGUCUCGCACAGCUUACUGACACCUUUGCCAUCUACAGCCUUCAAAGUCCACUAUGAUGGAGAAUUGCCAGCUCAAAACGCCCACUAG